CGCAUCGGACACCCGUAGAGACUUGUAAACCGCAACGAUGGUGGACUACUACAAAGUUCUGGACGUGUCCAGAACAGCGUCGGAGGCUGAAAUAAAAAAGGCAUACAAAAAAUUAGCCCUACGAUGGCAUCCCGACAAAAAUCCGAACAACCAGGAAGAGUCAAACAGGCGGUUUAAGGAAAUUUCUGAAGCAUACGAAGUGCUGUCCGAUGCCUAUAAACGACACAUCUACGAUAAUCGGGGCACGCGGAAAAGUGCGACCGGUUCCGGCGGCAGCUAUACCGCCUUCACCAACCGCGACUACAGUCGCAACGGAGGCUAUGACCAUUAUCAUCACCAUCGUUACGGCUCGGGCGGCAGCCGGUACGGUUCGACCGGUGGCCGGGAGAACAGUAGCAGUAGUCGUACGUUUUCGUUUAGAGGAUUUUUUGAGACGACGCCGUUUUUCCGCUUCUUUGAAAAGAAAAGGCGCAUCUAUGAUCAGUACGGCAAGGAUGGGCUGAUCAACAACGGCUCCGAUCGCUACCAUCCAAGCUCGCGGCACCACCGGCGACACGACAACGGCGGUAUGGACGACUUCGAGUUCUUCGGCUUCCCGUUCCAAUUCCGCGAUCCGGAGGAUGUGUUCCGAGAAUUCUUCGGCGGUUCGCCGUUCGAUGAAUUGCUUAGAUUUAGUCAACCUGUGCAUCACAACGGACGCGCGCGUACCAACGGAGCCAGCAAUGGACACCAUCACCAUGCGAGACACUCUCACCCGCAUAAUGUCAUUUCGUCGCCGUUCAUGACACCGUUCAUGAGCAUCAAUCUGAUGGAUGACUUCUUUAACAACGGGCACAUGGCGCAGAGGAGUGGAAUUAGCUCCAUUUCCGAGUUCAGCAUGGGUGGCGGCGGUCCCGUCAAGCGCACCUCCACCUCGACCACGUUCAUCAAUGGCAAGAAGCUGAUGACGAAAAAGGUGAUCGAGAAUGGUACGGAAACCAUCAUGUCCUACGAGAACGAUGUACUAAAAUCAAAGACUGUAAAUGGGGUCGCUCAAGCUAUACCAUACAACCAUUAAUUCGCAGAGGAAACA